AUGGGAGCAUCUACGGGAGGCAUGGGUGGCAUGGGAGGCAUGGGUGGCUUCGGAGCUAACAUGAGCGGCAUGGGUGGCUUCGAAGCUACCAUGGGAGGCAUGAAUUUUGGGUCUCUCAUGGGAGGCAUGGGAGCACCUUCGGGUGACAUGGGUGGACGCAUGUCUUUCGGUGUGCCUCACAUACCUUCGCAUGAUGUUGUUCAAGAUCUUGCAAACACCAUCCGACCACUCGAUGACGACGCAGCGUGUGACGAUGAAGAGGAGGAGGAAGAAUCUUCUUCGGAUGAGGAUGAAGAAUCGGAGGGAGAGGAGGACGAUGAUGAUGUGGCAUGA